AUGUCAGAAUCAAAGGAUAUUGAAAUGAAAGAUGCAGAUGCAUCAAUUGAAGAAACUAAACAAAUAAUUGAAGAAAUUGAAUCAUCUUUUAAUUUAUUAGAAAAAGCUUCAAAUACAUUUGAUAAUAGAUAUAUUUCAAAAGUAUUUCGUGAUUUUGGACCAUUAAGAAAAAAAAUCUUACAAAAUGAUCAAGUAUUACCAACAAUAAUAAAUAAUGUAUUCCCAACUAAUAAUCAAUAUAAAGAACAUUUAUUAAAACUUUUCAAUUCAUCACCGUUAGAUAAAUCGGACAAGUCUUAUUCAUUCAUUCCAGAAAUUGAAUUAUAUAUUUAUUUAUUGAUACAAGUCUAUUUAUUAGACACUGAAAAAAUCACAGAAUUAAACGAAUUGAGUCCUCAUUUAAUUAAAUUAAUGAAUUCAUAUAAUAGACGUUCAUUAGAUUUCAUACAGGCGAAAAUAUGGUUUUAUAUAAGUAGAGGUAAAGAAUUAACUGGAGAUUUAUUAUCGGUAAGAAAUGAAUUAUUAUUUAGUUUAAGAACUGCAAGUUUAAGACAUGAUACAGAAACUACAGCAUCAAUUAUAACAUUAUUAUUAAGAAAUUAUUUAUUAUCUCAUGAUAUUCAACAAGCUUCAAAUUUAGUUGAAAAAGUUACUUUCCCAGAUAAUGCAGCAAAUGCAUUAGUUGCAAGAUAUUAUUAUUAUUUGGCAAGAAUUAAUGCAGUCCAAUUGGAUUAUUCAAGUGCUCAUGAAUGUGUUAUUGCAGCUAUAAGAAAAGCUCCACAAACAAAAUUAGCAAAUGGAUUUUUACAAUCAGCAACAAAAUUAAAUAUUGUUAUUGAAUUAUUAAUGGGAGAAAUUCCAGAAUUGAAAACUUUUAAAUCCAACAAGGGGAAUUUAGAUCCUUAUUUUAAUGUAACGAAAGCUGUAAAAUUAGGUGACUUAAAAUUUUUUAAAGAAGUAUUGAAGAAAUAUGAAUCAGCUUUUAAAAAAGAUGAUAAUUAUACAUUAAUUUUAAGAUUACGUCAAAAUGUUAUAAAAACAGGUAUUAGAAUUAUUUCAUUAUCAUAUUCAAAAAUAUCAUUAAAAGAUAUUUGUAUUAAAUUACAUUUGGAUUCAGAAGAAUCAACAGAAUAUAUAGUAUCAAAAGCUAUAAGAGAUGGAGUUAUAGAAGCAACAAUAAAUCAUGAAAAAGGGUUUAUGCAAUCAAAUGAAAUAUUAGAUAUUUAUUCAACAAAAUUACCACAACAAGAAUUUGAUCAAAGAAUUAAAUUUUGUUUAUCAUUACAUAAUGAUAGUGUUAAGUCAAUGAGAUUUCCUAAUGAUAAUGAACAAAAAAUUACUAAUAAAGAAAUUGAAAAUGAUGAGGUUGAAUUAUUAAAAGCUAUUGAAGAAGGUGAUUUGGAUGAUUUCUUAUAG